AUGUUCAAGCACACACUCGCUGCAGUGUUUAUCCAUGCGUCCCUUAUUUACCAAGCAGCCGGACAUGGCAACAUUUUCGAUCCAAACCCUGAAGGUGCUAGCGACGCUUACAGAUGGUACUUCGGCGGACCCGCUGGAAGUAUUGAUAUGCCUGAGCUGGUCGGCAAAGCCACCUAUGGAGAGUACUACAAGGGUGUGGACAAAUGGUUCACGGCGAAUAAUGUCGACAGUGUGAAGGACUUCGUCGAAACUUACAUCCCAGAUCUCCCUGAAUGUGGAAACACCAAGAAGAACGGCACCCCUCGUCAGUUGCCGUCUGACGGCUAUGUGAAACACGACUCGUUGGGAAACUCCCACCCUGGUCCUUGUGAAGUCUGGUGUGAUGACACCCGUGUUUUUCAUGAUACCAACUGCGCUGGCAAAUUUGCCGGUCAAGUGCCCACUAAGAUUCCUAUUGAUCUGAAGACAUGCAAGUCGUCUUCCGAAUUGGUGUUCUACUGGUUGGCUCUGCAUGUCCAACCGUGGCAAGUUUACAUUAACUGCGUGACACUCGACGGCGCGGGCGCUCCCAAAUCUAGCUCAAAGAACUCGACUUCGACCACUUCCAAGAAAACUGCCGCUCCUACCUAUACUUUUGACGAAACUUUCGAUGAAGGUAGCGUGGGUAACGAUGCGGAUCAAGACGCUGCCGCAGAAACUCCCGUCACAACCACUGCACCGGAAACACAAGCACCUCCAGCUACGGCUGCGCCGUCAACUUCAUCGUCUAAGUGCCUCCGUCGCCGUGCGUAA